UUAGUUGUCGCUGUUCAGUGGCAAGCAUCUAAAAAAAAGUUAUCAAUUAAGGACCAUUGACUUCUUCCAAAAUAAAUUAAGCAAACGUUAUCUAAGUUUGAAACAAGCAGCCCCUUGAACAGUUGACCACAUCCACAUGGCCGGAACUCUUGAAUCGCUAGUGUUCAAGCCAGUACAAGAACUGGCCAUGGAUUGUAAAGUACUCCCGGAAAGAUAUAUUCAUAAGUGCCCUGAUGAGGCCUUUUAUGUUGAUCCUCCAGUGAUAGAUAUUCCGGUUAUAGAUCUCAAUUUAAUACAAUUUCCAUCAGCUUCUGCAGAUCAAGUACUUGAAACACUGAGGACAUCUCUAAGUUCAUGUGGUUGUUUUCAGGUAAUUGGUCAUGGAAUGACAAGUUCAUUUCUUGACCAAGUGCAUAGUAUUGGCAGAGACUUCUUUGCACUUCCUUUGGAGAAAAAGCUCGAGUGCUCAAGGAGUGCCGAGGAUAUUGAAGGAUAUGGGAAUGAAUCAAUGCAGUCAGAGCAUCGAAUUCUGGAUUGGGCUGACCGCUUGUAUCUUACCACAAACCCUGAAGAUCAGAGGAAGUUUCAGUUUUGGCCUCAAAAUCCGGAAAAUUUUAGGGAAAUAUUGCAGGAAUACACAAAUAAGUUAAUUUUGUUAAACAAAGUUGUCUUAAAGGCCAUGUCAAGGUCAUUGAACUUGAAAGAGGACUGUUUCUUAGAUCAAUGUGGUGAAAAUACAGACAUGAUUACAGGAUUUAACUACUACCCUCCCUGCCCAAGGCCUGAUCUUACACUUGGAGGUAAAGAGCAUGCAGAUGGAUCCGCUAUUACAUUCCUUUUGCAGGACAAUGAAGUGGGAGGUCUUCAAGUCUUGAAAGAUGAUCAGUGGUUUAGUGUACCUACUGUUCCCAACGCUCUUCUCAUUAAUGUUGGUGACCAAGUUGAGAUAAUGAGUAACGGGAUAUUCAAGAGUCCAUUGCACAGAGUGGUAACAAAUUCAGAAAGAGAGAGGCUCACUGUGGCUGUGUUCUGCAGUCCGGAUUCUAGUAGGUAUAUUGAACCAGCAGAAGAGCUGAUUUCAGAGACAAGCCCAAGGUUAUACAAGAAGAUCAAGAAUUAUCUUCAAAUUUAUUCUGAGAACCAACAGCAGGGAAAGAGAGCUAUCAAAGCAGCAAAAAUCUAAGAUACGUCCCUCUAGACAAACAGGGGAUAAAAGUUUGAAAUAGGAGGAAGGGGAAAAUGAGAUGAUUUAAAUUUUAAUGAACAUGUAGAUUGUAAUAGACUGUCUUAAGCCCAUCAAUGGCUGCAGAUAUAUAAUUUUGUCACAUGCUACAAGAACAAUAACAAAUAUAGUACGUUUCAUGCUUUCUUGAUG